AUGGGUUUAGAUAACGUUACACCUUAUUAUUUUAAAGCAUCUAAAAUAAAGAAAGCAAAAGAUAUCACUUUAGCAACUUUAGUGACUCGUAAUCGCUUUCAUGUAUUAAGUCGACUUGCAACAAAUUAUAAAGGUCCAAUUUCAGCAGCAGUUCAUGUAUUAGAUGAUGAAGAAAAAAUAGCGACGAUCAAGGAACUUACAAAGAUGUAUAGUUCGAACGAGGACAUGAAAGGAUAUGUUGAUAUUCAUUUAAUCAUUGAUAGAUACGAUCGACAAUUUAAUAUGUGGCGAAACAUAGCGAAACUGUUUACACGUACUGAUUAUCUCAUGAUGCUCGAUGUUGAUUUCCAUCUCUGUACGGAUAUUCGAAAGACGAUUUUAGGAGAUCCAAGAUUGCAUCUGAUGCUAGACUCAGGCAAGACGGCGAUCGUCGUACCCGCCUUUGAAUAUGUAAACCAAAGGGAUGGCCUUGAUUGGCGUACGUUUCCAACAAAGAAAUCAGAUGUGAUACGACAGGUGAAUGAACUUAAACUCGAUCGCUUUCACAGUUCUUGGGCGACUGGACAUGGGGCGACCAAUUACAGUCAUUGGUAUAAAGCGACUGACAUAUAUCCUGUUACUGAAUACGAGUUCUCCUAUGAACCUUAUAUCGUGUAUAAAAAGGAAGGCACCCCCUGGUGUGAUGAACGAUUUAUUGGUUAUGGUGCUAAUAAAGCGGCUUGUCUAUUUGAACUCUUUAUUUCCGGUAUUGAUUAUUGGGUUUUACCUAAUGAUUUCUUGAUUCAUCAAUCUCAUAAAUAUGCAAAUCAUGAUAGAAUUAGAGAGCGUGUGCAUAAUAAAUCUUUAUAUGAAAACUUUAGAAAUGAAAUCUGUCUUCGUUACUCUAGAAAAUAUGUGAUAGAAGAGAGUUGGUAUACAUCAACUGCAAACAAUAUGAAGAAAGUGUGUACACAUAUUCCUAAAUGGAAAUAUCUGUCUGGUAUUUCAAAGGAGCAACGAUUAAAAGAUUUAGAAGAGGAGAAAGCUGUAUUAAAAACGUUCCAGCCACAACAGCAAGAAGAAGAAGAUAAUGUCGAACAAGAAAUUAUUGCCAGUAUAUAA